AUGGCGCUCUCUCGUCGCAUGACCGCGUCCGCCCUCCUCCUGCUCUUCCUCCUCGUCGCCACGGAGAUGGGGACGACGACGACCAAGGUGGCGGAGGCGCGGGACUGCCUGUCGCAGAGCCACAACAUGGAUGGACUUGUGCAAUGCAUCCCCCUUUCCCCCCUGUCUCUGUGUAAGUGUGAUCGUGUUCAAAGGCAAAUGCUAGUAUUAUUGCUUGUGACUACUGCAUUUUCAUGUGACAAGACGUUUUUGGAAGCUGCAUAA